AUGGCCCAUGACUUCGCCUAUACCCCAUGCACCCUCUUCUGGAACAGGGUCAUACCACGAGAGGCCAUGAGCGACGAAUGUGUACGGUCUUCUGUUCUCAGUAUAGGCGCCCUCAUGCAGUCUCUGUAUCGCCUUGGCCCAAAGCCAUACACUAGCCUGAUACCAUCCUCCGGUCGCUCCAGGGCGUCCCAAGAUGAGACGUAUCGCAUUGCACUCCGUUAUCACUCCAAAGCCAUUUCAGCCUUACAAGCCCGAAUGAGAAACAACAUUGCCACGGUUUCUCGCCGCAACAUGCUGAUCAACAUGUUCCUACUUAUCCUCUUUGAACUCAUGCAUGGUAAUACGGCAGCCGCCGAUCGAAUGCUGACAAGUAGUAAUGAGCUACUCAAGCAAAAGGGUGAUCAGUUACUGAGUGAAGUCAGUGCUGGAUUCCAGCAACAACCGCAGCCAAUGUACACAGCGCCAUCCAAUGAUGAGGGGAUGGAUCAGGCUGAGCGUAUUCUUCCGAGACUACAGGUUUUCUUGAGCCUAAACUCACGCUUUUAUCCAUUGCAAAACGACUGCUGGUCGAGAUUCUCAGCAAAGGCUACACCUAGUCAGGUUCCUUCACUCAUGGCAGAUUUCAUACAAUUUGGAGCAGCAUGGAACAGUUUCAUCACUAGAGCUGUCAUAUUCGUUGUAAAGACAAUGCAAGACGCUCCCAGCCUUGAGCCGGCCCAGAUAACGACAUUGGCCAACUACCGGAAUACAUUUUUGAGGGAAUUAAAGCAAUGGGAACGUGCAAUUGUGCAGAGGUCCGAUAGAGAGGCCAACUUGGUGGUCAAAAGAACCCUCAAGAUCUUCCACGUAGGGCAAAAGGUCGUCCAUAUCUUGUUGAGCUGUUGCUUUGACUCAACCGAGACAGAAUACGACAAUCACGACAGCACCUUUAGCGAUAUAAUGGUUAUGAUGCACUCUAUGGCUGAUGAAUCCCAGCCUGCGACAAUAAUCGAGACGGUGCUGGAUAUAUAUGUGCUCCCAGUCUUGAACUUUGUUUCACAGAAAUGUAGAAACUCGUCUACGCGAUUAGACGCCCUGGACCUCUUUGAGAAGAUGGUCUCGCAGAUGGGCGGAUGGGAGACUAGGGCGAGUUUACUGGCCCGAAGACGUCUCAUGGAUCUUGAAGAACUCGGUCGCACGGAAAGUGGUGACAUUCCCGCAGAACGGCGAUACGUAUGGACUGACGCAUGUUGGGAUGAAGCCCGGACUUGUCUUGAUGUCUCGUUCCAGAACGCCGGUUUCAGAAAGUUGGACCAAACCGACCCAAGUGGAUUGAUCAAAAUUAAAAUUAGUCUCAAAGAAUUUGAAGGAUAG